AAAAUUUCUUCCUUUCUAUCUUGUUUCUCACAUUAUUCAAGUUCUUGACCUUUUUGAUGAGUUUUGGUUAUUUCUCAAUUGCUGCUGGAUUAUUUUGAAUUAGUUUCUUGAAGUUCGAUUAAGAACUAAGAAGACACAAAAGAGUGGAAAAAGGCAAGAGUGUGUGAGACCAAAAGAGGGUAAAAGCCGUUUAGAGUGAAAACACGAGUGUAAGUGUAUUAAUUCUUGAGUGAAACACGUGAGGGAGUGCUUGUGAGGAUUCUAACCUUGUUUUGCAGAUUCUAAACAUGUCCAAUAAUCAAGAAGAAGACACAACCGAAGAAUUUCGACAACCCGCAGCUUCGAACCUCCAAAUGCAAGCGUUGUUAGGGGAGAUGAGGCGUAUGUUGAGGGCUGAAUUAGAACCUAUUCACGAGAGGUUGGACAGGGUAGAAGCAGAAACUCCUAGGGGACAGCAACAAGACAAUCCCAAUAGGCAACAAGGUGGGCGUGUUCCGUGGCGGAAUGUUGAGGAAGAGGCGGAGUUGGAGGAAUUUGAUGAGCCAUAUUUGAACCGAGGCAGGUUUGAGCGUGGGUAUGGGAAUAGAGAAGCUAGGAUGGGUAGGCCUAGGAGGGAUAAUGAUUUAGGAAACAUAAAGAUUAAAAUCCCGUCUUUUCAAGGUAAAAAUGAUCCUGAAGCUUAUUUGGAGUGGGAAACUAAAAUGGAGAUGGUGUUUGAUUGUCAUAACUACUCGGAGAUAAAGAAGGUUAAGUUGGCUGCAAUUGAAUUCACAGAUUAUGCCAUUGUUUGGUGGGAUCAAUUACUGAUUAAUAGGAGGAGAAAUAGAGAGCCACCCGUGGACACUUGGGAGGAGAUGAAAAUGCUUAUGAGGAGGCGUUUUGUACCCAACCAUUAUUAUAGGGGAUUGUAUCAAAAGUUGCAGAGGUUAACUCAAGGUUCCAAGAGUGUGGAUGAGUAUUACAAGGAGAUGGAGGUAGCAAUGAUCCGGGCUAAUGUAGAAGAGGACCGAGAAGCCACCAUGGCUAGGUUUUUGCACGGUUUAAAUCGUGAGAUUGCAGAUAUAGUCGAGUUGCAGCACUAUGUUGAGUUAACAGAUAUGGUGCAUCAAGCCAUAAAAGUGGAGGAACAAUUCAAACGAAAGGGAUUGGCUAGGAGGGGACAACCUAUGGCUACCACCAGCCCAUGGAAGACAGCUCCAAAAAAGGACGAGCAGCUUCAAAAUAAGCAAAAAUUUGAACCCUCUAAGAAUGCCAAACCAACAACCACCACUACUUCAGGUAACACCGAGGCUUCUAUUUCUAAAACACGUGAUAUUAAGUGUUUUAAAUGUCAGGGGCGGGGACACAUAGCCAGCCAGUGUGUAAACAAAAGGGUGAUGGUGAUAAACGCCCAAGGAGAGCUUGAGUCGGAGAAUGAGGAAGAAGUAGAUGAUGAUGACAUGCCACCUUUGGAGGAUGCCGAUGAUGAGCAAAAUGCUGUGGUUGGAGAUUUAUUGGUAGCAAGGCGAGUUCUCAAUGUGCAAGUUAAGGAGGAAGAAAGUAACCAAAGGGAAAACUUGUUUCAUACUCGGUGCUUUGUAAAUAACAAAGUUUGCAGCGUCAUUAUUGAUGGUGGGAGUUGCACAAACGUAGCCAGCACUUAUUUGGUGGAGAAAUUGGCCUUAACCACCUUGAAACAUCCUCACCCUUACCGGCUUCAGUGGCUGAAUGAAUGUGGCGAAAUCAAGGUGACAAGGCAAGUGUUGGUGGCAUUAUCCAUUGGCAAAUAUGAGGAUGAGGUGCUUUGUGAUGUGGUUCCUAUGCAUGCAUGCCAUUUAUUGUUGGGAAGACCAUGGCAGUAUGAUCGGAGGGUUACGCAUGAUGGAUUCACAAAUAGGUAUUCUUUCACUCUUAAAAGGCAACCCAUUACUCUUGUGCCAUUAACUCCAAAACAGGUCAUGGAGGACCAACUAAAGUUACAAAGAUCAAAUGAAAAGAAAAAAGAAAAAGAAAGGAAGGCCGAAAGUGGAAAAAAAGAGUUGAAAAAAAAAGAAAGAGAGAAAAACAUUGAUCAGAGUGAAAAAGAAAGAGAGAGGAUUUCGGCCAUAGUGAGAGCAAGAGAGGAAAAAUUCAGUUACAUUGCAAAAAAAAGUGAGAUCAAGAGAGCAUUAUUUUCACACCAGCCCCUUAUUGUACUCAUGUACAAGGAGGCUCUUUUAUGUACUAAUGAUCUCGUCGGUACUUUGCCGAGCAAUAUUGUUUCUCUUUUGCAGAAGUUUGAAGAUGUCUUUCCCGAAGAGGUACCUAGUGGCUUACCUCCAAUCCGAGGGAUUGAACAUCAAAUUGAUUUCAUACCCGGUGCAUCAAUUCCUAACCGACCUGCUUAUAGGAGCAAUCCUGAGGAGACCAAGGAACUUCAGAGGCAAGUAGGUGAAUUAUUGGAGAAGGGGUAUGUGCGUGAAAGCAUGAGUCCUUGUGCGGUCCCGGUGCUAUUAGUUCCUAAGAAGGAUGGAACAUGGAGAAUGUGUGUUGACUGCCGGGCCAUCAACAACAUAACGGUAAAGUAUCGUCAUCCUAUUCCUAGGUUAGAUGAUAUGCUGGAUGAAUUGCAUGGUUCUUGUGUCUUUACAAAAAUUGAUCUUAAGAGUGGAUAUCAUCAAAUUAGGAUGAAGGAAGGUGAUGAAUGGAAAACUGCUUUUAAAACUAAAUAUGGUUUGUAUGAAUGGUUAGUGAUGCCUUUCGGCUUAACUAAUGCGCCAAGCACAUUUAUGCGUUUGAUGAACCAUGUUUUGCGUGCAUUUAUUGGCAGAUUUGUAGUUGUGUAUUUUGAUGAUAUCCUAAUUUAUAGCAAAAACUUGGAAGAACAUGUGAUGCAUUUAAAAUCUGUUUUGGAAAUCUUGAGGAAAGAAAAGUUGUUUGCUAAUCUCAAGAAGUGCACCUUUUGCACGGAUAAGCUUGUGUUUCUUGGUUUUGUUGUUAGUAAGAGAGGAAUUGGGGUGGACGAGGAAAAGGUGAAGGCAAUCCAAGAGUGGCCAACGCCUACAACAAUCAGCCAAGUGAGGAGUUUCCACGGCUUAGCUAGCUUCUAUAGACGGUUUGUGCGUGAUUUUAGUAGCUUAGCCGCCCCUCUUACUGAAGUCAUCAAGAAAAAUGUGCCGUUUAAGUGGGGAAAAGAACAAGAAAAUGCAUUUAAUCUGAUCAAAGAAAAGUUAACUAAUGCACCUUUGCUUGUUUUACCUAACUUUGCUAAAACUUUUGAAAUUGAGUGUGAUGCU